AUGCUGAGCUGGGAUGCUAUUACACGUGGAAGGGUCUUCCUUGUAGAGAAACAGAGAGAAACUUGCUCGUUAGGCAAACGUUGUUGAUUACCAGAUUGAACCCCGAGAGUUGCAGUUGCUUUGUGUUUCCGUUCCCCACCGCCUUUAAAACCUCUCAUUCAAGAAAACUGGUUUUCUAAGGAAUACCAAACAAACCCCCCAACUCAAAAUCAGUAUUAGUCUUUGGAGAGUCCGUAAUCGAUUAAAUGGCGAGUGACAAGUCCGUGAUGGCGGUAAUCAGAGCCGCCAGACCUUCCUUCCGCAACAACCACGACAAGGUAGCGUUCGCCGUACAUGCUUCGUUCCUUGCCUCCGGCUUCGUCCUCACGGCCACUGGACCUCCGGCUUUCUCCGAUACUGCUCUCUCCUCUUCUUCCACCGAUGAAGUGGGUAUUGAUCAAUGGAACGAGCUGGACGAUGAAUACUCGUUCGUGUACUCAAAUCCUGAAAAGGAAUCUAAGAAGGUCUUGGUUAAGUGUCUGGUGAUGAACGAUAAGUUGAUCGUUGAUGCUUUGGCUAAUGGGGAUAGCGAGCCUGUUCAUCUCGAAAUUAAUGUUGGAGACUAUGUUGUUGAAAAUGGGGGCAGCAAUUAUUCUGCACAGUAUAAGAGUUUGGAUAAGCUCGUUGAGAAUCUGGACGCGGAAAUUUUGUCCAAAUUGGAUGGAUCUCGCAAAACCAACUUCUCAAGUAACCCUAGAAGUGCAGAAACCAGUGAUCGACCACAAAGUGUUAUAAUUGAGCCUGGUCCUGGAGUUCCUGAAUCUUCAGGAAUUGUAUAUCCACCUAUACAUCCUGGUGGUGGUAGUGAUCUUUUUCCUGGCCCUGGUGCUGGAAUGUAUCCUUCCAGGGGUGAUGUUGGCUCUGGAAGCAUGCUUGUGGGACCUCAUGACCCUCGUUGGUUUGGUGGAGUUGGUGAGCCUGGCUUUUCGGGAGGACUACCGGGUGUACCUCCAGGUGCUCGUUUUGAUCCCUAUGGUCCACCUGGUGUUCCUGGUUUUGAGCCCAAUCGAUUUAUAAGGAAUCCGCCGAGGAGGCCAGGUGGUGGUGGGACUCAUCCCGACCUUGAACAUUUUGGGGGUGAUUCAGAUUUCAUCUAGAGUGACUUUGGCAUUAUUGUCUCAAAUAAAACGGGUGAUAUCAAAGAUUAGGAGGAGUAGCACCAGUUUUAUAUUUUAUAUAAGUUUUUGCUACUUUUCGUUUUUGCAAAUGGAGUUUAGACUAUAAUUAUGUAAAUUAUAUAUAUAUAUAUAUAAACACAUGUAAUGCUUUAUGGGUA